UUCCGCCUUGAUACAUAGUCUGGGGCUCUUCCCCCUUUCUCACCUCGACCUUUACCAACCAGCUACACUGCAUCCAACCCCAUACGUUCACGAAAUGAAAGCCGUUGUCUUCAAGGGACCGGGCAAGGUGGUGGUUGAAGAAAGGCCCAUUCCCAAGAUCCAAGAUGCCCAAGACAUCAUUGUCAAGGUGGACAAGACGGCCUUGUGCGGAAGUGAGCUGCAUGUCUUUCGAGGCCACCAGCCCUCGGGAACCGGAUUCAUAAUGGGCCACGAGUUCACUGGAUACGUACACGAGAUAGGCGCAUCGGUUAAAAAGCACAAAAUCGGCGAUCAAGUCGUCUCGCCGUUUACUACUUCGUGCGGAGAGUGCUUCUACUGCGCUCGCGGCUUCUCGUCACGGUGCGCCAAAAGCCAGCUCUUCGGAUCCGUUCCUCUCGACGGCGCCCAGGCCGAAUAUGUGCGCGUCCCGCUUGCAGAUUCCACGGCUGUCAAAGCUCCUUCUGGCAUCAAAGACGAAGUGCUGGUCUUGAUGGCGGAUAUCUUCCCCACUGGCAUGUUUGCGGCGAAGAACGGAUUCCAGUUCUGCAGUGCAGAGGAGGCCAAAGAAAGCGUUGUUGUCUUGAUUGGAUGUGGACCUGUUGCUCUUUGCGCGCUGUGCAACAUCACCGACUACAAGCCCAAGCACAUCCUCGCCGUUGACUCUGUGCCUUCUCGCCUCGAGCUCGCGCGGUCCCUCGGCGCGGAACCAUGGAAUUUCCAGACGGACCGCGAGGGGCUCGACAAACGCGUCAAAGAGCUCACAGACGGCCGUGGUGCCGACAUUGUCAUUGAAGUCGUUGGACUCUCGCCUGCGCUGCGUAUGGGGUACGAGCUGGUUCGGCCGUGGGGCGUCAUCAGUUCUGUGGGCGUGCACAAUGGCGAGAUUCCGUGGACGGGCAACGAGGCAUACAACAAAAACGUGAGGGUGCAGAUGGGCCGCUGCCCGGUGAGGAGCGUGUUUGAAGAGGCAAUGGAGAGUCUCAAGCGACACCAGGAUAAGCUUGGAUUCAUGGCGGACAAGAUGAUGGCGCUGAGCGAGGCGGUAGAGGGCUAUGACCUGUUUGACAAGAUGAAGGUGCAAAAGGUUGUGUUUGACGCGCAAAAGUAGCAUGGGAGUGGUGUUGCAGUAUAGCACUUAGCAUCAUGUAUGGCAUGUAUGUGUAUGGGCCGCGCGGAAAAUGCGAAAAAGGCGGCCAAUCAG